AACUUCAAUGUCCUCAACAAAAUGACACACAGUCAAACUUAACCUUAAACAAACAUAAACAAAUCAGUUAAAUACCACAGAGAUUUAAAAAACAAUUAACUCUUCUAUAUUUUAAUUAUAUACAAAAAUGGCAGUCAAAAUUCAAACUUUAAAUGUUUUCAAGUAAUAUAGUUCAUAAUUAUAAUAAAUAUUUGUCUUUAUGUACUUACAUGUACACUUACAUCAGCAACUCAACAGUAGUUUUAAUUUCAAUUAUUUUAGCAGAAUGAAAAGAAAAAUGUCUACAAAAUUAAAUAAUUCAAUUUCAAUCGUCAAUACCAGUGAAAAUGACUGCCAAUCAAGACAAGAAUGUAAUUCAGAAGAAAAAGCUUGUCAAAACUUACCACAAAUUAAAAAUUUUGAGAAAUUUCAUGUUUCUGAUGAAGAGAGUCAGAAAAUUAUAUACAAAAUUAAAAAUAAUAGACAGUCUGUGAUAAAUAUAAAUGGAAAUCAAACUUUAAAUUUUCCUGUGAAAAAGAAGUUGAACUUUAAAAAUCUCAAAAAACAUUUAAUUACGGCUGGUUCCGAGGCUCAUGAAAAAUCUAAAAAUAAAUUCAAAACAGUCGUAAAUUUGGAAUUAAUGAAAGAAGAAUUGAAGCAAUUGGAAGAUCCUCCUCUAACACAACGUGAUAAGGAUUUAAUGGCUUCUAGACUCACGUAUUCUUUUUUUGAUCAACCUUGUGAACAAUUGGCUCAAAAUCUUUUAGGAAAAAUUCUUGUCCGAAAAUUAGAAAAUGGAACAAUUUUGAAAGGUCGAAUUGUGGAAACUGAAAGCUAUUUAGGAGCCAUAGAUAAAGCUUCACACACUUAUCAAUAUCGCGUUUCUGCUAGAAAUUUACCCAUGUAUAUGCCGCCAGGAACAAUUUAUGUCUACUUUACUUAUGGAAUGUAUUAUUGCUUUAAUCUUUCUAGUCAGGAGCCUGAUUCACAAGUAGAAAUCAAAUCCAUAGAACCAUUAAAGGGUUUAAGUUACAUGGAACUUUUACUUAACACUAGACAAAUAAAGGGCCAACAAGAAAAAGAAAUGGUUGAAAAUAUUAAAAAUUAUAAAACACAAGAUUUGUGCAAUGAUCCUGGUGAUGGUUGCGCAGUUCUCGUUCGUGCCCUCGAGCCAAUUGAAGGUAUUGAAGAAAUGGAAAAAAAUCGUAAUUCAAUCAAAAAAUCAUCUUCCAAAAAAUUAAAAAAGGAAUUUAUAUCUCACGAAUUGUGUAAUGGUCCAUCAAAAUUGUGCAUGGCUUAUUUGUUGGACAAAGGACACAGUAAAUAUUCAUUAUGUUCUUGGAAAGGUUUAUGGCUUGAAGAAGAUAAUUUUAAUGAAGAAAAAAUUAAAAUUAUCAAGUGUAAAAGAAUUGGAAUUGAAAGUUGUGGAAUAGAAUGGGCAAACAAACCUCUUCGAUAUUAUAUUCACAAUAAUAAGUCUGUCAGCAAACGAGACAAAAUAGCAGAAGCUAAUUGUUAAAAGAAAGAACUGUAUAAUUUAUUGUUUGAUACUUAAAAAGUGAUAUAUUUUGUUUUUAUUUUUAUUUAACAAAUUUUUUUGAUUUCAAUAUGAUAAUUAGUGAACAAAAUAAAUUAUUUGAAAUCAACAAGAAAUUA